UGAUUCACCUCAGCAGGCUAUGCUCUUCUGUUCAUGAUUUGUCUUGAGCAAACCAAGGCCUUGUGAUCCUCAACAAUUAUAUACUUUUAAAUUAGUGCUAAUAAUACAUCUAUUUUUUUAUUUCUUCUCCUUUCUUUACUCCUUUGUUUAAUAUAUCUGCAUUGCUGGACCUGUCUCAGGCAUCUCCUCCACAAUACUUCGAUCACAUUGGUCAAGGCACUGGGAUUUCUUUCGCAUGCCUCCAGCCUCAUGCAAUAGCGCCUCGGUUUCCGUGUCUUCAAGAGAGAAUCUUAAAUUCCACAACAGUUCUGUUACAUUGUAUUCUUCUAUUUAAUCCCCAACAGUAUGUACUGACCACCCUGAUGGGGAAUAUGAGAGCAGAUUAGCAGAUUAGCAGAUUAGCAGAGUCUUCGUCAAAUUAACACAGUCUUGUCUUGUCCCUUAACUUGGCUUGAAUUUCAAAGGAAGACUGUCUUUCUCGCCUUUCCUUCUGAGAUCCCCUUUUGUUCUCUCGUCUUCUUGUUCAGAACAAAUUUUUGGUGCCCUCGGCUCAUAGAAUUUUAGCAGGCAUGAAGAUACAAGUCUGAGUUCAAAAUUUCCUACAAAGAAGACUCAACUGUGUAGCACUCGUUCAAAGUUCUUUUGCUCAGAGGCUAAGUAGAUUACCGAUGGAGAAGCUUGUUAGGUCCUGCGACAAAGAAUACAUGAGAAUGGCCAUGUUAAAACACGAAGAAACCUUCAAAGAGCAGGUAUAUGAACUACAUCGUUUGUACCGAAUUCAGAAGAUACUGAUGCAAAAUAUGGAAGCCAGAAGAGGUGUUGAAGUAAUCCAAGAAGAGUGGUACUUCAAGAAUGCGAUUAGUUUAACUCAUAAUGGAGCACAAGAAAAGCCUCAAAUGAAAUUUGACCUUGAACGGCCAGCAGAGGAGCACAUUGCAGAAUCAGAAGAUGGGGUGCUAGAGAUCAUAGAUGAGACUGAGAUUGAGCUAACAUUAGGCCCCUCAAGUUACAACCGUAGGAAGAAAGUCGAGACACCACUAACUUCAGAUUCAGGACACAGCUUGUCUUCUUCUUCUAGUGGAUCAAGCCGUAUAAACAAGACAAGGUGUCAUGGCAGUCAUACCACAAGAGAAGAAUCAAGUGGAAGCAUAAUUCGCCUAGUCCAGAUGCCCGGUUCAAACCCAGGGUGCCAAAGUGGAAUUAGAAACAGUUUUGAUGUAGAAGAACAAUUAAGACAAGAGAAAUUAAAACAGUCACCUUGGCUUUUUCAAGUGUUGAAUCUGAACAUGACUUGAAAAGAAAAAUCUGUGGUCAAUGUGAUAUAUUUUAUGUUUAUGUUUCAAAAGUUAAGACUAACUUUUGUGGAUGAUGUUUGUGUUGAAUGUUCAGCCGAAUUAUUGAGUGUGGUGGGAUUUGAUGUGUCUAUCGUAUGAUCGAUUUUUUCCCUGA